AUCUGAGCGCGCGCACACAUACUGCACCUCUCUCUUACGCACGCUGACGCGCACACACGCAUGCACGCACAGAGUCUCCGUCCGACCCGGGAUAAGAACACAGGACAGACACAGGUCCCAUCAAUUGGGGUCCAACUUGUGUCCCUCCGUCUCUGGAUGCGCGGAUUGUGUCCCUCCUUCCCCGAGUGAGAAGACCAACCCGAGACCGGAACUAUGGACCCCCGAAGUCACUCUGCAGUUCUCCUCCACUUUGUUCUUCUCGGAUCCGCCGCGUCGCAGCUCUUCCCAGGCGGCUGCACCUUUGAGGAGUCGUACAGCAGCUGUGGAUACAGCGUGUCCCUGGGGACCAGCGGCUUCAGCUGGGAGCAGCUCAACUCUUGGGAGAAGCCCACCAUGGACCCCGCCCUGCCCACCGGGUCCUUCAUGAUGGUAAACGGGUCGGGUCGGGCCUCAGGCCAGAAAGCUCACCUAUACAUGCCUACACUGAAGGAGAACGACACCCACUGCAUCGACUUCCUGUACUCUCUGUCGAGCAGGGACGGAGCCAGCCCAGGCACGCUCAACGUGUACAUCAAGGUGAACGGAGGCACUCAAGGAAACCCGGUGUGGAAUGCCUCGAAUACCGUAACCGAGGGCUGGGUGAAGGCCGAGCUCGCCAUCUCCACCUUCUGGCCUAAUUCGUACCAGGUAAUAUUUGAAGCUGUCUCAGUUCAAGGACAUUGGGGUUUCAUCGCCGUUGACGACAUUCAAGUUCUGGCUCAUCCGUGCCGUAAAGCUCCUCACUUCCUGCGCCUGCAGAACGUGGAGGUCAACGUGGGGCAGAACGCUACGUUCCAGUGCACCGCCGGAGGGAAGUGGUCUCAACACGAUAAGCUGUGGCUGCAGCAGUGGAACGGCAGGGACACAGCAUUCAUGGUGACCCGCGUGGUCAACCACCGCCGCUUCACCGCCACCGUCAGCGUCGGUGACACCUCGCAAAGGAGCACCUCCCGGUAUCGCUGCGUGAUCCGGUCUGACGGGGGGUCAGGGGUCUCCAACUACGCCGACCUCAUUGUCAAAGCUCCACCCACCCCCAUUGCUCCGCCUGAGCUACUCGCUGUUGGCGCCACUUACCUUUGGAUUAAACCCAAUGCCAACAGCAUCAUCGGAGAUGGACCGAUCAUCCUAAAGGAGGUGGAGUACCGGACCACAUCAGGUAACUGGGCGGAGACCCACGUGGUGGACUCGCCGACCUACAAACUCUGGCACCUGGACCCUGAUGUGGAGUACGAGAUCAAGGUGCUUCUGUCCAGACCUGGGGAGGGAGGAACGGGACCGCCAGGCCCGCCGCUGGUCACCAGGACCAAAUGUGCAGACCCGGUCCACGGUCCUCAGAGCGUCAACGUGGUGGAUGUCCGAGCAAGACAACUGACAAUACAGUGGGAAACCUUUGGUUACGCAGUGACUCGCUGCCACAGCUACAACCUGACGGUCCAGUACCAGUAUGCCUUCAACCAGCAGGAGUUUGCAGCCGAGGAGCUGAUCCAGACCUCCUCUCAUUACACUCUGAGGGGCCUCAGGCCCUUUGUCACCGUCAGGCUGCGUCUGGUCCUCGCCAACCCAGAAGGCAGCAAGGAGAGCGAGGAGAUUGUUAAGGAGACGGAGGAGGAUGUACCUGCCUCGGUGCCCAUGGAGUCUCUUCAGAACUCCCCCUAUGAGGAGAAGAUAUUCAUGCAGUGGAAAGCUCCCAACGAGACCAAUGGGGUCAUAACUCUGUACGAGAUCACCUACAAGGCUCUGAGCUCAUUGGAUCCCAGUGCUGAUCUGACCACCCAGAGGGGCCGGGUGUUCAAGCUUAGGAACGAGACCCUCCACUUGUUCGUAGGCCUCUACCCUGGGACCACCUACUUCUUCACCAUCAAAGCCUCCACCAACAAGGGCUUCGGCCCGCCCAUCACAACCCGCAUCUCCACCAAGAUAGCAGCUCCGAUGAUGCCGGAUUACGAGUCUGAAGCUCCUCUAAACGAGACAGAGACCACCAUCACCAUCCUGCUAAAGCCCGCCCAGUCACGCGGUGCACCAAUCAGCUCCUACCAGAUCAUUGUGAAGGAGGAGCGUAAGUCCAAGACGCGCCGCGCCGCCUCCGACCCCCCCGACUGCUUUUCCGCCCCGAUCAGCUUCCGCAACGCCUCCUUUCUGGACUCGUCCUACUACAUGGCUGCUGACCUGCCCCCCCCCAGCCUGGCCCUGGUGCAGCCCUUCACAGUGGGAGACAACAAGAGCUAUGGAGGCUUCUGGAAUCCUCCGCUAUCACCGGCCAAGAGCUAUGUCAUCUACUACCAGGCCAUGAGCCGUGCCAACGGGGAAACAAAAAUCAACUGUGUCCGCCUGGCCAACAAAGUGGUAAUAGGUAGGGGACAAAUAACCACGCCGUACAUUCUAGUCAUCCCCAGCGAAGGUGCAUCCACACAGGACUCGGGUGCGAUGGAGCCGGAGAAGCAGGUGGACAGCACAGUCAAAAUGGCCGGAGUGAUUGCGGGCAUCCUCAUGUUCAUCAUCAUCCUCCUCGGUGUCGUCCUCGCCUUUAAACGCAGAGAGAUUCACACAUGGAGAACUCUGAGCGUGGGAAGACAUGCUUAUUCCUACUCUUAUUACCUGAAGCUGGCGAAGAAGCAGAAGGAGACAACCAGCAGCUCCACCCAACAGAGGGAGAUGGGUCCGGUGACCACGGCUGAUAAGAGCACCACUAAAGUCAGCACCCUCCACAAAGACGACCCGUUCUCCACCUCCAACCAGGAACUCAACGGAUUCACGGCUCCUUCUCCCUGCUCCUUCUCUGUGCAGGGCAGCAAGACGCUGCAGAGCAAAUCCCUGCUCAACUCCUAUUACUCAGUCUCCAAGGAGCCGGUUCCAGCAACAACCUCCAUUGCAGACAGUAGUCAGCCGUCACUCGCCCAGCCCUCUCUCACCCUGCAAAGUUUUCCAUAUGGAGGCUGUGAGUCUGUGGAGCUCUCCUACCAGAGUGGUCAAUUCCAGCCAGCUAUUCGAGUGGCAGACCUCCUCCAACACAUCACCCAGAUGAAAUGUGGCCAGGGCUAUGGCUUCAAGGAGGAAUACGAGGCCCUGGCGGAGGGACAGACAGCCCCCUGGGAAACAGCCAAGAAAGACGAGAAUCGCAACAAGAAUCGCUAUGGCAACAUCAUCGCCUACGAUCACACCAAAGUCCGACUGCACCUGCUGGAUGGAGACCCCCACUCUGACUACAUCAACGCUAAUUAUAUUGACGGUUACCACAGACCCAGACAUUACAUCGCCACACAAGGGCCCAUGCAGGAGACAGUCAGGGAUUUUUGGAGGAUGGUCUGGCAGGAAAACUCUGCUUCUAUUGUCAUGGUUACCAACCUCGUGGAGGUGGGCAGGGUGAAGUGUGUGCGUUACUGGCCAGAUGAGACUGAGGUUUAUGGAGACAUCAAGGUGACCCUGAUAGAGACUGAACCGCUGGCUGAAUACGUCAUCAGGACGUUCACCGUCAAGAAGAAGGGUCACAAUGAGAUCCGUGAACUACGUCAGUUUCAUUUCACCAGCUGGCCGGACCACGGCGUUCCCUGCUAUGCCACCGGACUGCUGGGCUUUAUUCGACAGGUUAAGUUCCUCAACGCCCCUGAUGCCGGGCCGAUAGUGGCCCACUGCAGUGCCGGUGCAGGGAGGACGGGCUGCUUCAUCGCAGUGGACAUCAUGUUGGACAUGGCAGAGACUGAGGGCGUGGUGGACAUUUUCAACUGUAUCAGAGAGCUGAGAUCACAGCGAGUCAAUAUGGUCCAAACAGAGGAGCAGUACGUGUUUGUUCAUGAUGCCAUCUUGGAGGCGUGUCUAUGUGGGAAUACAGCCAUUCCAGUGUGUGAGUUCAGAGCCAUUUACUACAACAUCAGCAGACUGGACCCACAGACCAACUCCAGCCAGAUUAAAGAUGAGUUCCAGACGCUGAACAUAGUGACCCCUAGAGUUCGUCCAGAGGAAUGCAGCGUGGGUUUGUUACCCAGGAACCACGACAAGAAUCGCAGUAUGGAUGUUCUAUCAGCAGACAGAUGCCUGCCUUUCCUAAUAUCCGUGGACGGAGAGAGUUCCAAUUACAUAAAUGCUGCAUUAAUGGACAGCCACAAACAGCCAGCGGCCUUUAUUGUUACCCAGCAUCCUUUGCCAAACACCAUGGCCGACUUUUGGAGACUUGUGUUUGACUACAACUGUUCCUCCAUCGUCAUGCUGAAUGAGAUGGACGCAGCGCAGUUAUGUAUGCAAUACUGGCCAGAAAAAAAUUCUUGUUGCUACGGACCCAUUCAAGUUGAAUUCAUAUCGGCGGACAUUGAUGAAGACAUCAUCAAUCGAAUCUUCAGGAUCUGCAAUAUGGCCCGGCCCCAAGAUGGUUACCGCCUGGUACAGCACUUUCAGUUCAUUGGCUGGCCAGCCUACAGAGACACGCCCCUUUCUAAGCACUCCAUCCUCCAGUUAGUGAGGAGGUUGGCUAAGUGGCAAGAGCAGUAUGACGGAGGAGAUGGGAGGACAGUGGUACACUGCCUAACCGGUGGAGGGCGUUCUGGAACCUUCUGUGCAAUGUGUAGCAUCAAUGAGAUGAUCCAGCAGCAGAACAUCGUGGAUGUUUUCCACACCGUCAAAACACUGAGAAACAACAAGACUAAUAUGGUGGAGACCAUGGAACAGUACAAGUUUUGCUAUGAAGUGGCUCUGGAGGCGCUCAGCUCCUUCUGAUUGGAUUAAUUCUUCAACGCGACACUGGGCCUCUGAAGGCCAAACCACCUUGUGAGUGUGUGUGUGUGUGUGUGUGUGUGUGUGUGUGUGUGUGUGUGUGUGUGUGUGUGUGUGCGUGCGUGCAGAAGAGCUUGUUCAUUUGCAAGCAUCAUUGUGUGUGGGUGUGAGCACCACAUUGUGUGCCUGUGAAAACACACACACACAAACCUGUAUAUUUCCUUGUGUCUGCUUGUACAAAGAAUAGGGAAAAACAGAAAUAUUGAACAAAUAGAUUUGAUCUUUAAGAAAAGCUCCACUUUUUCCUUCUCUAUCUGCUUGUCCUAUCAGUUGUCAAGGGACUAUUGUACAGUACAUCUACGCUAUGCCUUGAAUGGUGUCUCCUUUUAAAGGAUGAAUGGCCACUGGAAGAUAUAAUUCACAUUUAGCCUCAACUCUCUGUUCUGGUAUUUCUACAAAGUAAAGCAUGUUUGUCUGAGACAUUGACCUUCUAUAGGACUUCCUGAUUACUUCAUUGAUAAAUGCAUUUUGUAUCAUGGUUUAUUCUCCUUCAUGCUGCUUGAAGGCAGUCUGACAGAGGGGUACAAUUUCCGUUAACACAGGAAACCCGAGCAUGUUACUAUCCUAGUGGAGUCUAGUGCAUGGGGAAGACCAACAACAGCAUUAUAGAGACAAGUCAUUUGUUGCCUUUAAGACCAAAUGUUGUUGUUGUUGUUGUUUUUGUUGUUGUUAUUGUUGUUGUCAGGUUUCUUCUUCGGGGAUUUGAGAAAAAAAAGGAUUCAUGUUUUCAAAUGGUUUUAUGUAGUCAGUCUUGACAAAUUCAUACACUGUGCAUCCACCCCUAGUUUAACUAUGACAAGACGACCACAAACAAAAACAAACUUCACUAUAAUUAUAUAUAUAUGCGCACACACACAUGUAUAAAAGAUCUUUAUAAAAUGAGAACUGUUGGUUUAGAGCAGGGGACCAGUAGGUUGUAAACGAUGUACCAGUAGAUCCAUCAACAACAAAAAUGACGCCACGCAUGCGCAGUCGACCGCGGAAGAUGACUGAAACUAAUGCUAAUUAGCGAUCCUUGCUUACUAACAGAUUCAUUAAUUUAAAAGCAACCCAGGCUGACUCCAACCAGUACAAGUCACCCAGCAAGGUAAUGAACAAGAAUGUGUGGAAUGGUUGUGACGGUUCCCGCCUCUUGAUAGAUGCAAGGCUCUUUGAUUUCUUCAUAUACUCGUUUUGUGCUGAGGCCAUGCAGCGGUGUGGUUACCGCUAUUACUUGUUAGCCCGACUACCCCCCCCCCCCUACCGGUCGGCCAAUCCUCUGAGGGAAGGGGAGGGGGUAGAUCACCGUUACCUUUUCAGUUGUAAAGUAGCUGGUGGACCGGAAAAGUGUGGUCACGUUUUUGUUCCUGUCCCCUCAUGCAGCAUGGCUUUGUUGACCUUCAUUAACAUGAAAUAACAUUCAUGAAUAUCUGCAGAUUCACUUGGUUCCCUUUUAAUACAUCCUCAAGACAAUCUAAGCCAAAUAACAAAUUCCAGUCAUAGACAGUCAAACUUUUCUUCUACCGGCCUCAAAUUACAUUCCUUUAUUCCUCAAUUCACCAAACUAAAGGUCCCGUUUGAACAUAGCUUGUAGGUUUUGAUGCUUUUGACUGACGUACUUUUUGCAAAAUGUUCGAAUUCAGUUGGCGCUUGUGUAUUUAAUUUUGUUUAUGAAGUCCAGUCAGACUUUCUAAUGGACCUAAGACAAAGAUUUUCAGAGUGUAUUCAGACAAUGUUAAAUAACGUUUUUUUUUUUUUUUGGGCUGGCUUAGUUCAUCUAUACUAUUUUUUUUUUUCAAUGUGUUUUGUUAUUUCUUUUGUAUGAUUCUGAUAAAUAUCUGUUGAUCAAGUGCUGUUUAGAAAUGGUGAUGCCAUAACCAUUGGUUGUUUAGUUAAUUGAAAUGUGGUUAACAUGAAAUAAAAGGGACCAAAAUGUUUAAAA